CAGAGUCAGAAAUGAUUGAGAUUAUUGUCAGUUAGUUGAUUAGACCGUAUCAAAUUUUAAGUGCAUAGCAGGAAUUAUUAUUGUUCUGUAGUUUCUGUAUUAGUUCCUUCGACUGGUUUUGCCACAUGAUGAAGAUGCAAUUAAAUUGCCUGUUAGCAGCCCUGAUCGCCGUGUCACAACUGUCGAGUGGAUAUGCCAGAAGUUGUCGUAGCAAAGAGAAGAUCCCAAACACCAGCGCCAUCGAACGGAUGGAGGAAUUCACGAUACCCCAGAGACUGGGAGGUCAGCCAGCCCAGAAUUCCGCCACCAUUGGCACGCUGGUGAACUCCACCGAGCUGCGAUCAACCACCAGUGGACGAGGCUCCACCGCAGCGCAAAACACCACCGCCAUGGCUAAGCCAGGCCAAAACACCACCGCCACUGCUGAGCUGGGCAACUGCACCACACUGGAAGCCAGCAGAGGUUCACGCGGACAGCCAGCCACAGCUGAUGCGCAGCGCAUCGUUCGCAAGAAGCGGGAAAUGAAGGUAGAAACCGCCUACGACUUUCAUACAACGCAUUUGUUCUGCGAUUUCGAUGAUCGUGGAAGACACCAGUGGAUCUGGUUUAUGCCCAAUCAUUGCAUUUGGGUCUGGAAUAACAAGUAUUCGCAUGAGGGAUUCUAUCGCCUCUUCAAAACCUAUCAGAUGGAGGGCUUCCAUUAUGGCCAGUGGUACGAAUGUCAGACACGGCUUGAGCUUAAAUGAGCCUAAAUAAAAUUAGUUAUUGGUUGAUGCCGAAACUCAUGCCGA